AUGAGACUCUCCAGACAAUUGAUAGAGUCGGAACUCAAAUACAUCAAUGCCCGCAACGGCCCCAAAUGGAAGGCAGUGUUCAACGAAUCAACCAAUGAAUCCCACUUGGAAUCAGACUACAAGUUCCCGACGUUUGCCAAGACAUGGCUUUUCCUCAACGAAGCAGCCCAAGCAGCCCACGAGUUGAAACACCAUCCAACCAUCACCACCACCUACAACAAGGUCAACUUCAAGAUCACCACGCACGACAUGGGCAACCAGAUCUCCAAUAAGGACCUUAAGCUCGUCCGAAAGAUCGACACAAAGUACACCACGUAUUUCGACGUGGAACAGAAGGAAAAGACAAAGACAUUGAUCGACGAAAACAGACAGACCUUGUCGCUAUACUUUGCCAGUAAGAUCGUCAAUGAACUUACAAAGAAACGGCCCGACGACGCUAAUAAGUAA